CAUCUUCUGACUUUGUCCUUGUCUCUUCAUCAUCAUCAACGCGUCAAAAUGGCUUCAGAAACGCCAACAGCCUCCAACGGGCACAUCACAGAGGACGAGGCGUCGCUGUAUGACCGCCAGAUCCGUCUGUGGGGCCUCGAGGCGCAGACCAAGAUGCGCUCGUCGACCGUUCUCGUGCUCUCUCUGCGCGGCGUCGCACACGAGCUAAUCAAGAACAUCGUGCUCGCGGGUAUCGGCCGCCUGAUCGUCGCCGACGGGGAGAAGGUGACCGAGGAAGACUUGGGCAGCGGCUUCCUUUUCCAGGAAGAAGCGGGGGCUGUUGGCACCGAGCGCACAGCAGCCGCCCUCCCCCAAAUCGCCUCCCUCAACCCCCUCGUGUCGCUCACCGCGCGCCCUUCCCUCGCGCCCUUCGUCACCGAGGACGGCAGCGACGAGGACGCGAUCGCCGCCUUCCUCCGCGAGGAGAAGGUGGACGUUGUCGUCGCGUGCGACCUGUCCUUUAAACAGAUGGAGGCCAUCGACGCCGGCGCGCGCAAGGCCGGCUCCAUGUUCUACGGCGCGGGCACUUACGGCUUCUAUGGCUACGUGUUCGCCGAUCUGGGCAAGGAGUACGAGUUUGUUGUCAGCCCCAAGGGCCUCCCCAACGAAACGCCUGUGCUUGAGAAGAAGACGGCCGCGUUCGCGUCCCUCGCCUCGGUCGUCGACAGGAGCAAGUGGGACCUGCCAGCUACGCAGGUGGCUGAGGGCGGCAGCCCGUUCCGCGGCCUGACGCGUAACAACAGUAAGGGGCAGCAGCCUGGUCUGGUUAUUGGUCUUCUGGCCCUCUGGGAGUUUGAGAAGCGCCACGGCUCGCUGCCGACGGGCGCCGAGGGCCAGCAGGCCGAGAUCACCGCCAUCGCCGAGGAGCUGCGCAAGGAGCUCGCGAUCAACGAGAAGGCGCUGCCGGCGGUCGACGCGUCGGUGAUUGAGCACCUCUCAUCCCACGCGACGCACUUCUUCCCGCCCACGCUGGCGAUCCUCGGCGGCCUCCUGGCGCAAGACGUCCUCCGCGUCCUUUCGCACAAGGACACGCCGAUCAUCAACCUCCUUUCUGUUGACUCGCUCGGCGGCGUGGGCACCGUCACGCGCUGGGCGAUGGCCGAGCCGGUCGACGCGGCCGUUUAGAUUGUAGCGUAGCGCUGUGGCAUGUAGAUUACAUAUGGCAUUAUUAGUACAACACGA